GCUCGAACCCACGGCUCACAAGGCUCGAGCCAUGGUCAAGACCAACGCACACAACCGAGCCACCCUCAUUAUAUACUUCACCCCCCGCGCACGUUAGCACUCCUCACUUGUUUUCUCUCUCUCUAUCUCUCGGGGCUUCCGUUUCUUCUAUACGCCCUUGCCCUAUUAUAUCUAUACAUACACCUAUACAUACACAUCAAUUGCGCCCCCUUUAUAUCCACACAAUCCCUAUCUUGAACCUUCAGAUCUCUCUGCUUUUCUUCUUUUUCUCCGUCUUUUUCGGAGCUUCGCUGGUGAAAACCGCUCCGAUCGAUCCGAUUUUCUCGCGCAGCGAUUCGGUCAGUUGCUGAAGAAUCUUUGAUCAGAGUUUGAAGAUGGCUAUGCGGGGUAGAGAUGAAUAUGAAGAUUUGGAUGAAUAUGAAGAUGAGUAUGAAGAUGAAGAAGACCAAGAGGAUGCUGAGGAGGAAUAUGAAGAUGAGGUUCACCAGCCGACAGAACAAGAACUGGAAUACCUUGAGUUGCGGCAAAAAUUAAAAGAAUCUAUAAGGAAGCAGAUGAAGAAGGACCCUAGUUCUUCAAUUGCCAACUCCCGUGAAAAGAAGAGUUCUUUGCCAUAUAGCAAUUUUGGAUCCUUCUUCGGGCCUUCACAGCCCGUCAUAGCACAAAGAGUAAUCGAAGAAAGCAAGUCCUUACUGGAAAAUCCACAACUGGCAGAAAGUAUAUCCAAACCUAAACUUAGUAACCAUAAGGUCCAUGCUUCAGCCUCCUCAGGAUCCAGUUCUCGAUUGAAUGGUCACCCAACUAAAACGAAUAAAGUGAUGCAGACUCAAACUAAAGUCCAGAUGCUAAAGAAUACCAGGGACUACUCGUUUCUAUUGUCGGAUGAUGCAGAAAUUCCAGCUCCUAAGAAAGAGCCACAUUCUCGAAAUGUCUCUCUUUCAAGACCUGAGGGAAGAUCAGCUCAACUGCCACUUAAGAGCAAGGAGUUCUCAAGUAACAAUGGGAAGAAGGUUCUUAAUUCUGGUGAGGGAUCAAGAGCUGUGCCUUCUGACAAGCAGAUGAAGCCUAGAGGGCCUCACAGUUCGUCCUCUGCUGGCAAGCCAACAACAUCAAUGGAUUAUCGUAAGCAGAACGGUAGUAAUAAUGGAAUGGAUUAUCGUAAGCAAAACGGUAGUAAUAAUGGAAUGGAUUAUCGUAAGCAGAAUGGUAGUAAUAAUGGAAUGGAUUAUCGUAAGCAGAAUGGUAGUAAUAAUGGGAUAGGACCUGGGCGGCCUCAAUUGUCGAGACCUCAAAUGCCAAAAAGUUUACCCCCUAAGACUUACAAUAAUUCUUCAGAGAGAAAAAGUGCCCCACCAAGUGCAAAGAAUGCCUCCCCUGUUAUGCACAAGCCUAAUGUUUCCAGAUCUCAGCAAUCUGCCCAAAAACAAACCUUGGACCGAAGGAGGGAGUUGCAAGAAUCUCUCAAGGGAAAACCGACUUCAAGGCAACCGGUGUCCAGACCUCAGAUCAAACAGCCACCAGCUAAGGGGCCCUCUCGCGUCACUUCGCAACAGGAGAACCGGAAAAAAAGACCUGCAAGAAAGCAUCCUGAUGAAGACGCUGAAGACGUUGAAGCUAUCAGUAUGAUCAGAAAAAUGUUCGGAUAUAAUCCCAGAAAAUAUGCUGAUGUUGAUGACGACAGUGACAUGGAGGCUAAUUUUGAUGACAUUUUGAAGGAGGAGAGACGCAGUGCCAAAAUUGCAGCGCGAGAAGAUGAGGAAGAACUGCGGAAGCUUGAGGAAGAAGAGAGGAGACAGAGGAUGAGAAAAGAAGCAAAAAAGCGUAAGCUUAGCUGAUGAUUUUGCUAUUAGCUAUUUACAAUAGAAAUCUGCUGACUGUAAUGGGAGGAGAGGUUGUGGGUCAUUCUGACUGCCUUUAGUCACCCACUUGUUCCCCUGUCUUUCAAUGUGAUUACUUUUUGGUUUCACUUGGUUACCAUUUAUACAAUGGCCCAUACUUUUUCUUUUUUCA